CAAACACACCCUCCACAGGCACAUAUACUCUGUCUCACACACACACACACACACACACACACACACACACACACACACACACACACAGUCACUGCAGGAAUCUGUUACUGAUAAACUUGGCUAUGAGAAACCACUUACGUCUCCGCAACGUGCUCAGCCCUGCAUGCGUGUUGGGUUGGCCAAGCUCUUAAACGCCUACCCCGCACCUGAGGCAGUGUAUUUCCAGCCUGUGCUGCCACCCUGCCUGUCACACACUCCAGCCUGUGAGCACCCAGGACAUCGGGGCCACAGCCACAGACCUGGAACCCGGCUCUCUUCUCACACACACCUGUGUCGGGUUUCUAGAGUGACAGGAGACAUCCGACGUCCGCAGGCUGUUAACGCGCUGCGGUUGCUCAGCAUCAACUCAAGUGGACUGCUGUGCCACGGAGAGCCCGUCUCCUUUGCUAGGAGCCAAGCUCAGAAGUGGCCAUGGUGAGCCGAGACGGAGGCCUGGGGGCGAUCACGCUGCACUCGUCCCGCCCGGGUCUUUCUGAGACCUCUCUGGUGCUCCCAGAUGCUGUCAACGGCCUCUCGCAGAUCUGGGACCUGGAGGACUCCAAGCCACCCCGUGAGCUGAGCUCCGGCUCCGAGCGCCCACCUGGACUGUACCUGUCCUGCUUCGACAUGCUCCUGACAGAGGACGCUGCCUGGCUGGUCAAAGUGACGGACCCGGCUCCGCCCCCGAGCUGUGGGGGUGGGGCGGGAGGCGGGGCCCGGAGCGAGCCACGUAAGGACCCCGAGCAGUGCCCCGUCAUCGACAGCCAGGGCCUGGCCCUCUCGCCUGCGUUGGAGUCCCAGGUGGAGGAGCGCUCGCUGGAGCAGGUGCAGAGCCUCGUCGUGGGGGAGGUACUGAAGGACAUCGACACAGCCUGCAAGCUCCUCAACAUCCACCCAGACCCCAUGGAGUGGAACAUGAGCAAUGUCCAGAAGUGGGUCCUAUGGACAGAACACCUCUACCGCCUGCCCCACGUGGGCAAGGCUUUCCAGGAACUCAGCGGCAAGGACCUGUGUGCCAUGAGCGAAGACGACUUCCGGCAGAGGUGCCUGCAGUGUGGUGACAUCCUCUACGCUCAUCUGGACAUCUGGAAGUCAGCUGCUUGGAUGAAGGAGAGAUGUUCUUCAGGAGACAACAGGCUCAUAGGGGGAGAGGAACUGUGGUCCGAGGCGGACUCGUCUUCCUCGGGGCAACCCAUCCACCUCUGGCAGUUUCUUCGGGAACUGCUUCUCAAGCCGCACAGCUACGGCCGCUGCAUCCGCUGGCUCAACAAGGAGAAAGGCAUCUUCAAAAUCGAAGACUCUGCUCAUGUGGCGCGUCUGUGGGGCAUCAGGAAGAACCGCCCAGCCAUGAACUACGACAAGCUGAGCCGCUCCAUCCGCCAGUACUAUAAGAAGGGCAUCAUCCGUAAGCCCGACGUGUCACAGAGACUCGUCUACCAGUUUGUCCACCCUAUAUAAAGGCUGCGGUUGGCGCUGCAGACAUCAGCUGGGCUGCAUCUCGCCAGCAUCUCGCCAGCAUCCCUGCCCUCUCUUCUGUCUUGUUGAAUCCCUCUGCUGGGGAGGAGCUCAGACUCACUGCCCUAUGAUGGUCUGUCAUAGCCAGGGGAUCUGAAAGGACAACGCGUCCCCCUUUGAAUAAACCCCGUCUCCACAAGAGCAGGACGUUCAUGCACGGAGGGAUCGUUGAAAAUAAAGACUUUGGGGGGGGAGCCCCACAAAGCGAAUCCUUCAGGAAGGACUCUAAACUGCCUUUUCCACAUGUCCGCAUUAUCUG